AUGGCAUCAUCUUGGAUUGAUCUUUCAAAUUUACAAAAACCAUUGAAAUUCAAUGAAUUUCAAGUUAAUUUCAAUACUGAAUUAUAUGAUGCUAAACCAUUGCCAAGUGAUAUUCAAAAGAAGCUUGAUAAUAUAUGGAAUUAUUUAUUAAAUCAUACUAAACCAGAAAAAGUUUUAUUUAAUGAAUCAAAAUUUCGUUUACAUUCAAUUGAAACAAAAACUAAUAACGAAAAUAAUUCAAUUCAACUUAUUCUUAAUUUGGGUUUAACUGAUUAUAAAUCAUUUAUUUGUACUCAACAACAAGAUCUACCACAAGAAAUUCGUCAAUACAUAACAGAAGAUCAUUUAGCACAUCCUCUUGGUGUUGCAUGUAUUCUUAUAACAUCUGAUAAUUAUAUUGUUUUAAUUAAGCGAAGUUCUGCGUGUGCUGAUCUACCAAAUACGUAUGAUUUACCUGGUGGUCAUGCUGAACCCAAGAAUUUGAAUACAUAUACUAAUGAAAAUAUAAUUAAAGAAAUUAUCUCAUCAGUUAUUGCUGAAUGUGUUAAUGAAACAAAUGUUGAUAGAAAUAGUCUUCUUAUUGAUUCUGAUUUUUAUAUUGUUAUUGUUAUGCGAAGUCAAAAACAUUAUGGUCGACCAGUUUUUGAAUUUUGUCUUAGAACAACAAUGACAUCAAAUGAAUUACAACAACGUUAUAAUUUACAAACACAAAAUGAAGCAUAUGAAACAAGUGAACUAAAAUGUUGGCCUAUUGAUAAAAUCUUUGACCUUUUAAGUCCCUCGAAUACAUCAGUGCCAAUCAAUCCAGCUUGUCAUGCUGCUUUAACUGCAUAUAUUCGUUUAUUUUGUUAG